ACUUAUAUCAAUCAUUAUUGGAAAUGCAUUAUUACAUAAAAGAACAAAGGAGACACUGUUGCAGUAGGAAUGGCAAAUUUUGAUGGCAGAAAGAAGGAGGUGAUAGCAAUAAUUGGAGCUGGAAUCAGCGGACUCUUAGCCUGUAAAUAUGCAAUUUCGAAAGGAUUUGAUCCAAUUGUGUUCGAGUCGGAGAGUAGCAUUGGGGGUGUUUGGACUAAGACCAUUGGGAGCACUAAGCUGCAAACACCAAAACCGGUAUACCAGUUCUCUGAUUUUCCAUGGCCAGAUUCAGUAACCCAAGUGUUUCCUGACCAACAAAUGGUGCUGGAGUACAUUGAAUCGUAUGCACGUCACUUUGAUUUGGUCCAACACAUUCAGUUCAAUAGCAGAGUGUUGAGCCUCAGCUAUGAAGAUGGUGGCGACCCAAUUAAUGGUGAUUGGAAUUUGUGGGGCGAGACUUAUGGCAAUAAAGGGAAGUGGAACGUCACUGUACAGGACACUCGAACCAUACCCACACAGACACAGAUAUACCAAGUUGAUUUCGUAGUAGUUUGUGUGGGAAGGUUCAGCCAAGUCCCCAAUAUACCUGAAUUCCCUCUGAAGAAAGGACCAGAAGCUUUUGAGGGACAAGUAAUCCAUUCAAUGGACUAUUCUAAUAUGAACCCCAAAACAGCAGCCAACUUUGUCAAAGGAAAACAUGUUGCCAUAGUUGGAUUUCAGAAAUCAGGAAUGGACAUCGCCAUGGAGUGCUCUACGGCUAAUGGGGUUGAACGUCCAUGCACAGUAGUAAUCAGGACACCACAUUGGAACCUUCCCGAUUAUUUCCCAUGGGGACUCAAUUUGGGAUAUCUAUUCCUAAAUCGAUUCUCCGAACUUAUGGUUCAUAAACCCGGUGAAGGCCUUCUUCUAAGUCUCCUCGCCACAAUUCUUUCACCAUUAAGGUGGGCCUUUUCAAAAUAUAUAGAAAGUUAUAUAAAACACAAACACAGGCUUUCAAAACAUGAAAUGGUGCCAGAGCAUAGUUUCUUAAGCGAAUUGAGUUCCUGUUCAGUUUCUUUAGUGCCGGAGGACUUCUACAACAGAGUUGAGGAAGGAAGUAUCAAGCUUAUCAAGAAAGCAGAGAAUUUUGGAUUCUCAAAAGAAGGUAUCGUGCUUGAGGGUCAGGCUACUGAACCAAUAAAAUCGGACUUGGUCAUACUAGCCACUGGUUUCAAGGGAAUUGAUAAGCUCAAACACAUUUUUGAAUCACCAAAAUUUCAGGAAUUCAUAGCAGGCUCGGAUGAUUCUGAUGCUGUUCCCCUCUAUAGGGAAUGCAUUCAUCCCCGGAUUCCACAACUGGCAAUAAUUGGAUUCUCAGAAAGCGUAUCUAAUCUACACACCUCAGAAAUAAGGUGUCGAUGGCUGGCAGAACUUCUUGAUGUAAAAUUUAAGCUACCAAGCGUUAAGGUGAUGGAGAGAGACAUAGCAGAGUGGGAUAAAUACAAGAAGAGAUAUUCUUAUAGGAAGCACUACAGGAGAUCAUGCAUCGGUGCAUUGCACAUUUGGUACGAUGACCAACUCUGCAAGGACAUGGGAUGGAAUCCUAAAAGGAAAAAUGGUCUUUGGGCUGAGUGGUUCGAACCUUAUGGACCAAUGGAUUAUGCUGGUUAAUGUACUUAAAAGAGCUCCAAAACCUCCCAUCUCACUUUCAAGAAUGAACCACUUUUCCUAUAUAUGUUUUCCUUUACUGGACCUUUGAUUUGAACAAUAAGGCUAGCAUGUUAAAUCUGCUAAAGUUAUCCACUU